AUGCGAUGUUAUUUCAAUGGAACUCUGCUGAAGAGCGUGCUCCCUCCUCUAUUGGUAACAGAGUUUAUUUUGGGGGUCCUCUGCAAUGGUUUAGCUCUCUGGAUCUUCUUCUUCCACCUGAAGCCCUGGAAGAGCAGCACAGUGUUACUCUUCAACCUGGCAAUGGCUGACUUUCUGCUCAAUUUUGCUUUGCCUUUCCGUGCCAGCUACUACAUCUCUGGGAUCAAGUGGAUGUUUGGAGAUGCUCUCUGCAACAUCUGCCUCUUCAUGUUGGCAAUGAACCGUCGUGGAAGUGCCUUCUUCUUGAUGGCUAUUGCUGUGGACAGGUACAUGCGUGUGGUGUAUCCCCAUCAUCCCAUCAACUAUUUGAGUGUCUCCAAAGCCAUGGGUGGAGCAGUUGCACUGUGGUUGCUCGCCAUUUCCAUGAAUGCUCAUCUCUUGUCUUUGAAACACAUCAACACGACCUAUUGCGAGAGCUUCAUGGUUGACACUAACCAUAAUCUCAGCUGGCAUAAAUUUGAGUUUGUGUUUUCCAUCUAUAUACCUUUGCUUGUGAUUGUCUACUGCACAAUAUGCAUUAUUGGCCACCUGAGAGGGAGACAGCUGGCACAGCAUGCAAAGAUCAAGAAGGCUCUGUACUUCCUCAUAGUGGUGGUUGUGCUCUUCAUUGUUUGCUUCCUCCCGAGCAACAUUACACAACUGCUGAUUUGGAUCAGGACCCAACAGGCAGUCAACACCCUCCAUGAAUCUGAAGUCUGCCCAGCCCUGGAGGACCUGACCUCUGCAUUUUACAUCACCAUCAGCAUGACCUAUCUCAACAGCGCACUGGAUCCUGUGGUGUACUACUUCUCCAGCCCCGUCUUCAAGAAAAUCUGCAGGAAAGCUCUUAAUCUGCCCCAAACAGAACCUACUGAAAGUGCUGAGAAGAAAACCAAAGAAAUAGGCUCUCAGUCGAUCAGUCAGCUGUGA